UUGUGUGCUGAAGAAGAGGGAGACUGGUGGGGCCCAUCACCACCGCCCAUGCGCACGCUAAUCCCUUCUCUCCCCUUCCUCUCACCGCGCCACCACCAUCAUUCCUCCCUCCCUCUUUGACCUAACCCUAACCCCCUCUCUCUCUCUCUCUCUAAAAUUAGCAACCGAGUAACAUUAAUUGCAAACUCCUUCUAGCAGAAGACGACCAAAAAUCAUAAUCAUACGCGGAUGUAGAGAUAUUGCUCAAGGUUGUAUACACUUGUUCCUCAAAUCUCUACUUCAAUUCGUCAAAUUUCGUGUUUUUUUUAGAGAGAUUGAUAGAGAGUGAAGUAAUUAUUCAAAAUAAACAAUGGAUCAGCUUGUUCACGGCCGCCCUCUCCCGCCGCCGUUCCACUCCCGAGAUCUCCAGCUCCACCACCACCAAUUCCAGCCCCACCUUCUCAAUCCCGAAAACAACGACGACGACAACAACAACAACGAGAAUGAUAACAAUUCCCCGAGCCUAAAGCGCGACCGCGACGAGAGCUACGGCGCGGGCGCUGACGGGGAGGCCGCGCGGCGCCCGCGCGGCCGCCCCGCAGGGUCGAAGAACAAGCCGAAGCCGCCCAUCAUCAUCACGCGGGACAGCGCCAACGCGCUGCGGUCCCACGUGAUGGAGAUCGCGAGCGGCUGCGACGUCCAGGAGAGCAUCUCCGCCUUCGCCACGCGGCGGCAGAGGGGCGUCUGCGUCCUCAGCGGCGGCGGCACCGUCACCAACGUCACCCUCCGCCAGCCCGCCGCCCCGACCUCCGUCCUCACCCUCCACGGCCGCUUCGAGAUCCUCUCCCUCUCCGGCUCCUUCCUCCCUCCCCCGGCCCCCCCCGCUGCCUCCGCCCUCGCCAUCUACCUCGCCGGAUCUCAGGGCCAGGUUGUCGGCGGCACAGUCGUCGGCCCCCUCAUCGCCUCCGGCCCCGUCGUCAUCAUGGCCGCCUCCUUUGGCAACGCCGCCUACGAGCGCCUCCCGCUCGAAGACGAGGAUGCCCCGCAGCCCCCACCGCCGCCGCCGAUGAUGCCCGAUCCGAGCGCGGCGGCGGCGGAGAAUUUGUUCCAAGGAAACCCUCAGAAUCUGCUGAAUCCGGUGCAAAUGCAGCCGGAGGCCUAUUGGGCCACAGGUCGCCCUCCAUUUUGAAAACCAUCCUUGCAAUUCAUUUUUCUUGGUUUAGUGUUUUUUUUAAUCUUGAAUUCAUGGUUAGUUACAAAGCAUGCAGCUUUAAUUUCAUGGAUUCCUUUGUGCUACAUUUUCAUAUAUCAAAUCUUGUUACAUUACAAAUUUACAAUCUCU